AGGAUAGAGCGAGAGGCGGCGAGGUGGUGCUAGUAGGUGCGAGAGAGUAUUCCGUCGAGAGAGAGCGACGGGGCCGCGAGCGAGAGCGAGCCCUAAUCCUCCCGGACGCCGAAGAGGCGGACUCGAUUAAUAGUCGCGCUCGCGAGUGAAACAACGUCGUCCACGGCCGCAGCUCGGGAUGACUUCCGCGGUGCACUGAGAGCGGGAUUUCUGGCGCGGGCUUGCACUUCGAUGGGUGAUCGUGCGCACCUGAAGACUGCGGCAUCGGCAUCUCGCAGGUCUCCUUGAGUGAGGUGGUCAGUUCGAGUAGCCGAGCGGUCAUGUAAACGCUCCGCUGACUCUCUCUUGGUGCCGUUGAGUGGUCCAACCGUUAGCGUACACCUUCACGAAGUGAAUCUUUGCCUGAUCCGGAAUCCUAUUACGAGCGACAGGAUGAGACCGAGCGUGAUUGUUCUGCUGCUUUUGCUCUGCGCCCAGUUUCUUGCGUCAGAAUCAAAACUUCGCCAGCAAGCAGCCACGGUAGACGAUGACGAUGAAGACGACGAUGACUGGGACGACGACGAUGAGGAAGACGACGACGGUGGCUACCAGCCGAAGCCCGAAGUCGACGACGACAGCCGUAUCUACAAAAACCCGCGAAACUCACCCUCUGCCAUGUGCCCAAGGAGCGAGGAGCAGGCGGAGCUGAUAGGUCAGAAGUGUCUGCGGAAGUGCUCGACCGACGAGGACUGCAAGAGCAAGAAAAAGAAAUGCAAAUGCGAUGGAGCCUGCGGAAUGUCAUGCAUCAAACCGGAGCGCGAAUGUCCGGCGUUAACUGAGAUCGAUCACGGUGUGAUGACAGUCGGCGGGAAAUUCUUCGGAGAUCGAGUACAUUACGUCUGCGAUACCGACUACUUCAUGGUCGGCUUGUCAGAUCGAACGUGUCGCGCGGACGGUCAAUGGACCGGCACUACUCCGUCCUGCAAGAAAGACUCUAGUUCCUUCUGCUCCCAGCCGCCAAAGAUCCAAAACGCGCGCCACAAUGCUCUGGCUGAGCAGACGACCUUCGACCUCUCCAGUGCAGUGCAAUACUUCUGUAAUCACGGAUAUGUCGCCACGGGGGUGAAGAUAGCGAAAUGCCUGAUGAUGAAUAACAUCGCUAACUGGUAUGGGCCCGAUAUCACUUGCAAGCCUCAGAACUGCGGACCACCGCCGGUUAUUCUUAGUGGAUGGCAUGCUGGCGAAUGUUACACGUACGACUGUCGCGUGUCCUAUCACUGCUCGGACGGCUUCGAGCUGGUUGGUAAAACGGAAAAAUUAUGCCUGGCGGACGGCUCGUGGACCCCGAAGGAAUUGCCGCAGUGCGUUCAAGUCACGACCGUGCAGUGUCCGAAGCCGGAGAAUCCACCUAACGGCAAGGCUGUCUACACCUCCUACGCGUAUAAUUCCGUUGUAUCGUACGAGUGCAAGUACGGCUACAACGUUCUAGGCGCAGCAACCAGACGUUGCGGUGCUGACAGGAAGUGGACUGGAAAGACGCCUAUCUGCCAGGAAAUCAAUUGCGGCUCGCCGGGUGUGCUGUACAACGGCUGGAUCGAAAACAUGGACGAUGGCACAGGCAUGGGCGCCAGCAUAAUCUUCCGCUGUAAGGAUCACAUGAAGCUCGAGGGCAACACCUCUUCGGUCUGUCAGAAGGACGGCAAGUGGCGUUAUCCUCUGCCGCAAUGUCUAGCUCCAUGCGUCGUACCGCAAAUCGAGAACGGCCACAUCAUUGUGGCCAGCCAUGAGAGGGAUCACAUCAACAAUGUCACCGUGGUAGAGCAUGGGGAGAGGCUCUUAGUAACUUGUGUUCAGAACUACGAAUUUGCCGCCAACAGUACUCCAGUGUUAUGCAACAACGGCACUUGGUCGAUAGUGCCGAGUUGCUCGCCUGCCCGGUGUAAGCAGAUGCCGAAGAGCCCGAGAAACGGCAUGGUGAUAGCGCCGAAGACGGAUCAUGGCAUGAAGGCGGUCUUCAAGUGCAAGGAUGGUUUCGAGUUGAUCGGCGGUGGUCCCUUCAACGCCUCCAUAUCCGUGGAAUGUCGCUACGGCAAUUGGAUCGGCGACAUACCGCACUGCGACCAGGUGUUUUGCCCAUUCCCGGGAUUCAUCGAGAACGGCAAGGUAUUCUUGGUGGGCAAUAUGGGAGUUUACGAUUACAGGCCGUAUGUGCGGAAAAUUGUCAACAACAAGCAGAUCAUGUACGACUGCGACAAAGGCUAUGUUCUCGACGAGGGUCCAACAGGCGCGACCUGCAUAGGCGGCUCAUGGAGUCCCAAGGAAUUGCCCAAGUGUAUUCUUGGGCAACACCCUAGGCUCAGAUGGAGCAGACGACGUAGAUCAGUGGACGAUGAAAACGUCACUUUGAACUACAAAAAAUUCAUCGAAUUUUUCCGGAAAGUGGGUAAGAAGUUACUGCAUAUAGAGAUGAACAAGAGCCGUCAACACUCCAAGCAUAAGAUGGAAGGUAAGCUUGGGUCCAUCAGCAAGCAUCAAAACAACACUAAUACGUCUGACUCAUCGUCGGCUUGGAAAACACAUGCGGCUCACGGUAACAAGUCCCGUCUACGAGAAGAACGAAUGAUCGACUUCCUGAAAAUCGUGUACAGAAAACUCCAACGCAUGGACGCCAAACAGCCGAACAACUCCAGCAACAGCACGAUGCACGAUCUACUGAACGCCAUGAGCAAGAACUUCUUUCACGUGGACCUCUCAGAAUCGCGGCGAAACGGUAGCAGAGCCCGCUCGGACUUCGAGAUACGCAAUCAGAGAGAAUUCAUCAAGCUGAAAAGGGAAUUCGAGCGGAUCAUGAGAUUCUACAACAAGUCCAUACGUUGGAACGAGAAACAGAAUCGGAAGGACGCCAAGAGAAAAGGCCUGUCGCACGCGGAAAAACGAAAGGACAAGAAGAAGCACCGGAAGAAUUAUUAUAAAGGCUUUUACGAAUUCGUCAACAGCUACGUAACCGAGAAGUUGUCGAUGUUGGAGGCGCGCAACGCGACCGAGGAAUUAAUCAAGAAAAUGAAAAUCGACAAGUUUACUGUGAGGAACGGCACGACCUUUACAGUCGGCGAGAUGUACGCGUUUUUCAAACAUAUCAUAGAAGAUAGAUUGAACUCGACCGAGGAGAAUGUCGUAACCGUCGAGCCCAACACAACGUCGACGUCGAAGCCAGAGGUCGAGCCGUACGUUAAUCAAUCUUCGACAAUCCCGAGUAACGAGGUCUCCGCAUUGGACAACGAGAUUCCGACCAAGGAGGGGGCGCCCAAGCAUCGCAGCAAGCGGAUACGAAACGCCUCGGAGGACACUACGGCGCCGCGUCAGAAGAGGAAGCUCCUGUCCCUGAAACCGGCUGACGUGGAUGACCCGAAGAAGCCAAAGAAGCCGAGCCACGCGGCCGACGUUGAAUCAAAACAGUUCACCUUUGACGAGCUCGAGGCGCAGCAGCAGAGCCGCUCCAAGCGGUUCCUGCCACUCUCCGAGCUGGAUAAUCAAAUCUUCCUCAAGAACUUGUAUCUCAACGCUUACGAGGAUGAGUAUCGGGCGAACGUGAAGCGAUCGAUCGGCCAGAUUAACCGCACGGCCGACGCACAGCCCACGUUGAGGAGACGCAAGGGCAACCUCGGCGCUUACGAGAUCAAGUGAGGAAAAUAAUGUGUUGUGAUAUUAAACGGAAUUUACUAAGUCAUUUACCGAUAUCAAUCGAUUUUAGGCGAGUAUACACCAUAUACGAUAGUUAUUAAUCGUUGUCCCUCGUCGAUACGCACUGUAAACGUGUAUCGCGCUUUUUUGAAAAAUAAAUCUUUUCCAUGCAAA